AUGUCUCCAGUGUCUCUCCUGCUCCUCUGCGGCCUCCUGCCUGGCGUUCUCUGUCAGCGGGACCCGUUCUCGUGGCUGUACGGUCCGAGGGGGCAGGCGGUGGCGGCUCUGCAGGCCGACCGCACCGGAGGGGACUGUCCGGCCGAGUGCGACUGCCCGCCCACCUUCCCUGUGGCCAUGUACUGUGACAACCGCGGCCUCAGCUCCAUGCCCUUCAUCCCCGAGCGCAUCAAGUACCUGUACCUCCAGCACAACCACAUCUCCGCCAUCCCUGACGCCGCCAUGACCAACGCCUCCAACCUGGUCUGGCUCAUGAUGCACCACAACCAGCUCCGCUCCGACGCCAUCGGGAAAGAGCGGUUCACCCCCAGUCGUUUGAGCGGGAUCCUGGAGCGUUAUUGGGCACUGGGUGCGGGACCAGGUUGUCCACACCCAGAGCCCAGCAUGUCUCCAGUGUCUCUCCUGCUCCUCUGCGGCCUCCUGCCUGGCGUUCUCUGUCAGCGGGACCCGUUCUCGUGGCUGUACGGUCCGAGGGGGCAGGCGGUGGCAGCUCUGCAGGCGGACCGCACCGGAGGGGACUGUCCGGCCGAGUGCGACUGCCCGCCCACCUUCCCUGUGGCCAUGUACUGUGACAACCGCGGCCUCAGCUCCAUGCCCUUCAUCCCCGAGCGCAUCAAGUACCUGUACCUCCAGCACAACCACAUCUCCGCCAUCCCUGACGCCGCCAUGACCAACGCCUCCAACCUGGUCUGGCUCAUGAUGCACCACAACCAGCUCCGCUCCGACGCCAUUGGGAAAGAGGCGUUUCAGAAGUUGGCGGCGCUGGACCGUCUGUAUCUCCAACACAACAACCUGAGCAGUGUGCCCCCGAGCCUGCCCCGCUCCCUCCGAGACCUGCGCCUGGACCACAACGCCAUCGAUAAGGUGGUGGCCGCAGACUUCGAGGGCAUGGACAACCUGACCGUCCUGUACCUGCAGCACAACCACAUCUCAGACAUGAGCUCGGCCCUGAAGGGUCUGAGCUCUCUCACUCUGCUGGACAUCAGCGGGAACCAGCUCACCAAGGUCCCGGAGUCGCUGCCCGCUCAGCUGCACCAGCUCUACAUCGAGUCCAACGCCAUCGCCACGGUCCCGGAGGGCUUCCUGGGCGGCCUCAGUCAGCUGCAGUUCGUACGACUGUCUCACAACCGCCUCACGGACACCGGCAUCCCCCCAAACGCCUUCAACGUCAGCGGCCUCGUGGAGCUGGACCUGAGCCACAACCGCCUGGAGCGCAUCCCCAUCGUCAGCACCACCCUGCAGCACCUGUACCUGCAGGCCAACAGUAUCAAAGAGUUCACCCUGGGCAGCUUCUGCAGCGUCGUGGACAUCUCCAACUUCUCCAAACUGCGCACGCUGCGUCUGGACGGGAACGAGAUCAGCCGAGUGGACAUUCCCAGCGAGUCGUCCAUGUGUCUGCGGCAGGCCAACGAGAUCAACGUCUGA